UGGGAUAACAGCGGCGUCAUCUAGAUCACUGCAUUCUGUCAAGCCAUAAUGCUAUUUUUCCCACGAUAGCGCGAUUGUCGCGUGUCGUCGAUGAAGAAUCAAAGGGUCCAGCGUUGAGAUUUGCCUGUCGUGGCGAAGCGCGCCUCGGAUCGCCCGCCUGCCAGCAGGGGCCACCCCCGGUCUCGUCUAUCUCAACAACGAAUAACCUCACCGCAUCACACGUAUGUGUGAUCCGCCUUCGCGAUGCGCGAAAUCCUGCGGCUGCGGGUUCUGGAGGACGCCAGUUGAAGUCUCCGCUCUCUCGUGGCUUGCAAUACUCCGCCCGCCUCUAUUCCACAUUACCUACUCGCCGUCGAAUGCUAGCUGUCUAGUCCAUGGUGACGUCUCGUUUUCGGUACCACAUUCCCAGUGUUUGUCGUCAGCACGUUCUGUCUUUCAUGUAGGAAGCCACACUGUGCUCCACUCCCUGGAGGUAUGUAGCUCAUUUACCGACAUGCACGCGACGCCUUGGUGUACCUACGGUUUCCGUGCUCGCUCGUUGGCAACGGUUUUACUUCUUCAGCUCCCCAAGUAUUGGCUACCAAAAACCACACCCACAGCACGGGUUCUUCUCCUAUCUAUCCCUAUUGGCAAUGCGUGGGUCCAGUGGUGUGGGGUACGGCCUGGAAUUAAAGACCCGCUAACCUCAGCGGCUAAGCAUCAAAGCUUCUCCUUCCCGUCUGGUCUCACUUAUCGCAUACGAUUGGAUGUCCACAACAUGUCCAAGCUGAUCGAUAUCCGCUUUCGUCGCUCAACAUAUCGUCGACUCCUCGGAAGAAUCUUUUGAUUGCACCAUGUCAGGCCUAAUCGAGAGCAUCACAUAAUCACCCCCAUUCCAACGGAUAGGGCUCGACUGAUAUACCAGUGCGGAACCGCUUCCCAUUGACCAGCUAUUGGCCCUAGUAUCACACCGUUGGAGACUACACUGUCCUCGAUGAGGGAUGUCCCUCUCAUCGAGGACGUGACAGCUAAACAUGAUCGCAAGAUGGCCAGAAGUAUGUUCACUGUGUUCGCCCUGAUCAAGAAUUGUCAUGACCAUCGAG